AUGGACGGAGAUGAUUUUAACACAGAGGCUGUGAUGAACAUCUGUGAUGACCUGAUGGCAGACCAAAGGAUGGACAUUUCCUCUACAAUGACUGACUUCAUGUCCCCAAGCUCCACCGACCUCAUCUCGAGCUCUAUCAGCACUCCUGGAAUGGACUACACUCGGAAAAGAAAGGGAAGCACCACAGAAUACCAAAUCGAUGGCUUCCCAUUUGAUGAUAUGGACUCUGAUAAAGAUAAAUUGGGAAGUGACCAACCAGGUCGGAUAAAGAAUGCCAGAGAGGCUCAUAGCCAGAUCGAGAAGCGUCGAAGGGACAAGAUGAACAGUUUUAUUGAUGAAUUGGCAUCACUGGUGCCAACAUGUAAUGCCAUGUCUCGUAAACUGGAUAAGCUCACAGUUCUUCGCAUGGCUGUUCAGCAUAUGAAGACACUCAGAGGAGCAGCAAAUCCCUAUACAGAGGCCAACUACAAGCCUUCCUUCCUGUCAGAUGAUGAGCUGAAACAUUUGAUCCUAAGGGCUGCUGAUGGUUUCCUGUUCGUGGUUGGAUGUGAUCGUGGAAAGAUUCUUUUUGUUUCUGAAUCGGUUUACAAGAUUCUUAACUACAGCCAGAAUGACCUCAUAGGUCAGAGUCUCUUUGACUACCUUCAUCCUAAGGACAUUGCCAAGGUCAAAGAACAGCUGUCUUCUUCCGAUACAGCCCCCCGUGAGAGGCUAAUUGAUGCUAAAACUGGUCUUCCAGUGAAAACGGACAUCACGCCUGGGCCGUCUAGACUUUGUUCUGGUGCCAGACGGUCGUUUUUUUGUAGGAUGAAGUGCAACAGGCCGUCUGUCAAAGUAGAGGAUAAAGACUUUCCCUCAACCUGCUCAAAGAAAAAAGCUGAUCGCAAAAGCUUCUGCACCAUCCAUAGCACAGGGUACCUAAAAAGUUGGCCGCCAACAAAAAUGGGUCUCGAUGAAGACAAUGAGCCUGACAACGAAGGUUGCAACUUGAGCUGCUUGGUAGCCAUUGGUCGGCUGCACCCGCAUAUUGUCCCCCAGCCAAGUCUGGCAGAUAUCAGAGUGAAGCCCACCGAGUAUGUUUCCCGGCAUGCCAUUGACGGCAAAUUUGUCUUCGUUGAUCAGAGAGCAACCGCAAUCCUCGCCUACCUGCCUCAGGAGCUUCUUGGAACUUCUUUCUAUGAGUACUUCCACCAAGAUGACAUCGGCCAUCUGGCAGAGUGCCAUCGACAAGUGCUGCAGAUGAGAGAGAAGAUUAACACCAACUGUUACAAGUUCAAGAUCAAAGAUGGCUCUUUCAUCACAUUGAGGAGCCGAUGGUUUAGCUUUAUGAACCCGUGGACCAAGGAGGUGGAAUACAUUGUCUCCACUAACACCGUUGUGUCGUGUCCUUUGAUGGAAGGAUCAGAAUAUACUCAAUCUGCUGCCUCCCCACAGAGUAUGGAUAGUGUUCUACCUUCAGAGGUAGGUGGAGGAAGACGGGCGUUGCAGACGGUGCCUGGUAUUCCUGGUGGCACAAGAGCAGGAGCUGGAAAAAUUGGAAGAAUGAUUGCAGAGGAAGUGAUGGAAAUCCAAAGGAUCCGGGGCUCCUCUCCUUCCAGCUGUGGUUCCAGCCCUUUGAACAUUACCAGUACCCCUCCGCCGGACACUUGCUCUCCUGGGGGAAAGAAGAUUCACAAUGGAGGAACCCCUGAUCUGGCCACCACCGGGAUCCUUCCUGGACCUGAUUCAGUCGGCUACCCCUACUCCAACCAGUCCAUCAUGAGCGACAACUCCCACCUGAGUAUCGACAUCAUGGACGAGCCCGGCUCCAGCAGCCCCAGCAAUGAUGAAGCAGCCAUGGCUGUCAUCAUGUCCCUUCUGGAGGCGGACGCCGGCCUAGGCGGCCCAGUGGACUUCAGCGACCUGCCUUGGCCUUUGUGA